GCACGUGUGGAGGGAGAGGACGAGAGAAGAGCGACAAAUUUAACGAGACAAACAUUUCUAAAACAACAAAAAAGAACAAGUGUUGAAAUUAAGAAGGUGGAGGCUCUUUCCCCUAGCAGCGGGAGCGGAAAAGGGGAGGAGUAUAACAAAAAGGAAGGACAUUACGGCACGGAUUAAACGAAAUGGAAAAGACGACGGCAAAAACAAUGGAGAAACGGAACGGGACAAUGACAGUAACGACGGACAAAGUUAUGGCGGGUGAAAGAUCGGCUGGAAUCGAGAAGGAAAGGACGGAGGCAGCGGAGAGGAGUGAGGUGAGGAAGACGAGAGAAGACGGUGGAGGGAGAAAAGGAGCGUUAAUAGCGGAGACGGUAGCAGCGGCGGGAGCAUCCGCAAGUGCGGCGAGAGAUGGAGCGAGACGGGACGCAGCAGAUAUAAGGAGCGGAGAGAGAGAAAAGACGACGGGGGACGAGAUAAGAAAAGAGCUAGUGGUGAAUGUGAAGAUGGACGGUGAAGAGAAAAUAGGUAUGUUACAACUGUUGAGAGCAGUGGAAAAUACGUGUGGAAGAGUGGUGGGUUGCAGGACUAAAUAUGAUGGAAAAUGGGAGCUGACAAUGGGGAAUGCGCGGGCAGAGAAAGACUGUUGGAUGGAUUUAAAAUCAACAAUACAAGGAUAAUUGCAUCAGAAGUGAUCAAGAAUACAAAAAUUGUUUCGUUUUUAAAUUUGCCCAUUUAUACAACAGAUGAACAAAUCUUCGAUAAAUUAGAACAGUGGGGGGUAGAGCCGGUGUCACCGAUCAAACGAAGGAAAUGGGCAGGGAUGGACAUUUAUGACGGGACACGGUUUUUAAAAGUAAAGUUUAAUGCACAGGUGACAUCCUUGCCAUAUUCAACGAAGUUUGAAACGGUGGAGGGCAUGGAGUAUUUUAGGGUAUUACAUGACAACCAGGAAAAAGUAUGUCGGCUUUGUUUACAAGCGGGACAUAUAGUUAGAGAAUGCCCUGACUUUCGUUGUUUCCGGUGCGGGAUGACGGGGCAUUAUGCACGGGAAUGUACGGACAAAGGAGCGGAAAUAAUUAAUAAGGAGCAAGAGACGGAUAACGAAACGGGAUUGGAGGAUAAGGAGGAAACGGUGGAAGAAGGAGAGCAGAAGGAGGCAUCGGAAGAGAGAAUGGAGGAGAUGGAGGACAGCGGCAGCAGUGGAGAGGAGGAAGAGGAGGAUAACGGUAAUCAAGCGGGGUGGUCGACGGACGUCUCGGAGGUGAAACAGAGAGGACGGAUCUCCACACCGCAGUGGGAGGAAAGCGGAGGUUCAACAAGCAGAGUGAGGAGUAGAAGUGAGAGGAGGAUGGAGAGGAUCGACAGCUCAGGGUCCCUGCCGUGUGGGCAGAUGGAGCGGGACAAGAAUGCGGAGGAGAUGGAGGAAAACAGUAGGUCACUUGCCCUUCCUCAUGUGUCUCAGUCUGAUUGCCCUAAGUGUUUCCACCUGUUCCCUAUUUCCCUCCAUGUGUUUAAAUAGUCUGUGUUCCCCUUGUCUUGUGCCAGAGUGUCUUCGUCCUUGUCCUGCACCAGAGCCUUGAUCCAUGUUCACAGCCAUCGCCAUAGUAAUCCGUAUUCUCCUCGUGACGAGUGAUUUUUUGUUUGUAAAUUUUCCAAUAGCUAAAGUUCAUAGCCCUUUGUUUUUCCUCAUUAACGAGUGAUUUUUUGUUUGUUAAUUCUUUCCAUAGUUUAGAGUUCUAGUCCUUUGUUUUUCCUCAUUAACGAGUGUUUUUUUUGUUUGUUAAUUCUUUCCAUAGUUUAGAGUUCUAGUCCUUUUGGUUUUUCCUCUUUAAGAGUGAAUUUUUGUUUGUUAAUUAUUUCCAUAGUUUAGAUUUCUAGUCCUUUUGAUUUUUCCUCGCUAAGAGUGAUUUUUUGUUUGUUUGUUCUUCCAUAGAUUUGAUUCAUAGUCCUUCGGUUUUCCUCCAUUCGGAGUGUUCUGUGUUUCUCGAUUUGUUUCUUUUGAUUAGAGUUUUUUCCUCCUCCUGGAGAGGUUUUGUUUCUCAGUUUUCAGAGUUAGUGUCUAGGAUUUUAUAGCCAUUUGUUUAUCACUCUGUCUGAGUUCUCAGGAGAAUUCAAUAAAAGCAUCUUGUUAUUUGUGAGAAAUAUUAAAAUGUAUGUUGCAUUAUUAAGAGAGUGUUGUUUAUUAUUUGUUUAUUAUUUGUUUAUUAAUUGUUCUUUAGUAUUAUGAUGAUUACUGUUGCUAUGCGUUGGGGGGGCGCUAGGGUGAGACUCAAGGCAGUCACGCACACAUAGGGAGACACCAGAAGAACAGGAUGACAGGUGACCGCCUCAGAUGUUUAAAGUAAGAAACAACUCCUAACAGGGUGAAGAGGCGGUUACAGGAAAAGGGAGAGUAGGUUUUUUCUCUAGGUGAGGACAGCUCAGAUGAAGGAGGCACUGUGCCAAGAGGCUGGGACCAGCCUGUGCACCAACGAAGGGAGAGCUGAGUCUAAACCAUGGUUUCUCCCCAACCUUUUCACCAAUCAGAUAGUUACAAAAAUACAUACAAAACUCUGUGUAACUGCUAAGAUAGACACUCUUCUCUGGGACGUUGGCCACAGCUAACUGCUUGCAGACUGUGGUUUUCAGAUCAGAGGAGAUCCAUGUACAUGCUGAUUUUGAUUCUUUAAUAGCAAAUAAAUAUUUGUUUAAAUGGAUAACUUUGAGUGGAGAACUCUUAUUGCAAAUAAACGAAUGCGCUGACAAAAUUGGUGACCCCGACGUGAUUUGCAAGAAGAGAAAUUGGACUCAGGCCACGACUGAAGAUUUUCAGCAGGACCUGACCGGAGCCCUGGACUCCUAGUCACUCACGAGAGCGCUCAUAAAACAAGGUAAGCAGAAGCCUGUUGUCUUAAGAACCAAAAUUCUGUACAUUGGCUACAUCUAAAUUACUGUGAGUACAUAGGAGGUAAGGUGGCUUACGGGACAAAGUGAAUAAAGUUAAAAGAUACUUGUCAUUGUAUUGUGUAAUAUUAGAGAAUCAAAAUUAAAAAAAAAAAAAAAAAGAGAUGAAGUAAAUGAAUGAAAGAUAAGAUAAGAUACGUGAAACUGCACCUACAACCUUAAGUUGGGAGGAUAGCAAUUGGAGUAAAGAUAUUAGACAUCACUGUUGACUCACGGCCUAAGAUUGUGAUCAGUGGAUGUAAAAGUUUGGAACACAUCGGAUCUCUGUAAUACCUGAGAUGUGGCUAGUGGAAUAAUAUGAAGUAAAGACUGGAGGAAGACUAAACUCUCUGGUUCGUGAAUGGUACCUGGAGCCAGCUGACCGGUCCAUGCUAGUCUGAAAAGUACCACUAAGAACUCACAUCUGUAGACGUGCAGUGUCUAGUCUGUUACAUUGUCAGGAAGAGAUAGGUGUGUGUGUGUCUCCUAAUGAGCUCGACGGCAGAGGCACAAGCUCAGGGGAGACCACGAAAUUAAAAAGUAAAAAGUAAAAAUUGUAUGGGGAAAUUCCUGUAAAAAGCGGACGGACGUGUAUUGUUUGGAGCAAAAUAGUGUGUGAAAACGCUAACGGAGUGCUCAAAUAGUUACAUAGUCUUAGGAGACGUUGGGAAUUCACAUACACGUUGGCAGUGAAUAAGAGGCCUUUUUAGAAGUGUGAUGCAUGCAAUGUAUGUUUGAAUGGUGAAGGGGGGUACUGAUCAGCAGUGUCUUGGUGGAAUAAAAACAAGCAGUGGAAACCUUGCGGUGUUAACGCAAACUGCUUGUGCUGUGGAAACCUAACGGUGAUAACGGAAGCAGCAUUCCAUCAAUUGGGUCAGUUGCUCGGGUGAACUCCAUACAAACUGGCUGGCUGUUGAGGGGAA